AUGGCAGCCGUCGCUUCAUCGCCGCCUCUGGCGACCUUGCUUUCGACACUAACUACAUCCCUUACAUCAACUGCCAACUCCCUCCCUUCUGCUCCUCCACAAUCGACGUCGGGACUAUCACUUCUCGAUAUCAAGAAUGAUAUAUUCUUAUCAUAUCUCCAUCAUUUAUCGUACCUCCUACUAUUUCGGAUACGGAACCGAUCGCUAGGUAUUUCUGGCUCUUCGGAAUCGGAGAAGGACGGUGAUACUACCACCAAUGGACAAGACGUUGAUACCACUGGCGCUGAAGACCUAUUGUCGACGCUUGCGACACUCCGGUUGUGGUUGGAAAAGGGUAUCAAACCCUGUGAGAAUAAACUCAAGUACCAAAUUGAGAAGGCAUUGAAAGCAGCGAGUGAAUGGGAAAGGGAAAAGGUUCGAUUGGAGAAGGAGAAAGAAGAGCUAGAAGAAGAUGAAGACGAGGAUGAUGAUGAUGAGGAGGAUGGUGAAGGUAGCGACGACGGUGAAGACGAAGAAAUCGAUUCCGAUGAAGAAAUAACUUCAGAAUCAGACUCAGAACUUCCAAAAACCCUAAACUACGACUCCGACGACCUCUCUUCCAAACCCCGUUCAAAUUCAAAAUCCACACCAGCAACAGCAACCCUCAAAAACGCGCUAAGCUACCGUCCAAACCCAUCUUCACUCGCAAAACCGGCGUCUGCAUCACUACCUUCCAAAAACAUGGAUAACUCCGCAAAAGAAGGAGUAUACAGACCACCAAAACUUAACCCCGUAGUCAUGCCAUCCGCACCAUCCACGCAUGAACUCAAUAACGAUCCAGAUGCUAAACAAAGAGGUGGAGAAGGAAGGAAACAAAAGGCCAGAGUUAUCGAUGAGUACCUCUCAUCCAUGCCUGGUGCCGCACCGGUAGCGGAACCAAGUAUUGGUUCCAACGUCGGGAGGUUAGGACGUACAAAGACCGCACGGGAAAGAGAUCAGGAACGUGAACGACGAGAUUAUGAGGAAUCUAACUUUGUGAGAUUACCUGGUAUGAGUAAGAAAGAAAAGAAGGAGAAGGCUAGACGAGAUGCCGGGAGGGGUAGAGAGUGGGGUGGUGAGGAUUGGGGGAGUUUGGAGAAGGGUAUGGGGCUGGAUAGGAUUGAAAGAUUGACGAAGAGGAAGGAUGGAGGUGGAAUGUUGGCUAGGAGUAGGAAGAGAGGGGCUGAUAUUGAAGGAGAAGCUAGGAUUGGUGAGAGGUUUGAGAAGAGGAGAAAGGUGGUUGAUAGAGAUAGGAGAAGGAGGGGUUAG